GCUAUUGAACUGAAAAGUUCACGAAACUAACAAGUCGGCGAACAAGUCUCUGCAGAGGAUUGCUUUCUGGAGUUCUUCUAUGGCCAACGAACAGGAAGAAGUGGCUGCUGAUCUUGAGGCGACAGUACUUUCUUCCGCUGCUCAACAAGCCAUUUUUCCGAAUGAUGAACUGCACGUUCUUAACGAUGCCGUCCCGCAGAUGCCUUCUUACGUGACGAAAGACCUGUUGUCGAUUGGAGUAUGCAUACCCUGCAUCAUUCGGCUAUCUGGCAUUGAAAGGCACCAUUAUUCCUUCUCACUGUCGGUACCAAUCGUAGGUUCUGACAAGGAGGCAAUUGAUGAUGAUAUCGAUAGAAACAUUUGCUGCCUAUGUUUAGGUAUUUUGCAGUUCAGUUAUAUUGAUGACAAAGGUAACUUCGUAAAAUGUAAGGGAGUUGAUGAUUUAGCUGUCUCGAUUUCCGAGAUGGUAAAGAAAGAAGGCCAUCAGAUUGAUAGUUUUUCUCUUGAGGUGUCAAUUCCUUCAAUCAUUCUGGAGAAUGAGAAGCUUGUUUGGCUGUAUUUGAAAAGAAAAUAUGGGUCUGAACACUGGUUCCAGGGCAAGCCUCCUCCUAUAUCUCUUUCGGCGAAAGAUGCAUUAAAAAUAUGUGUAACAAAGCCUCUUGAAACUUUACUGGAUUGCAAAUCUAGUUCAAGUGGUCUGCGCAUUCGGUUAACUUAUAGUCAUCCUAAAGCUUCAAACAGCAAUGAUAGUUCCAACAAAAGACACCAGGACGGCUGCAAGAUGAGAAAAAUUGCUGGCAAUGAUGAAACCUUGGAUAUUUCAAAGUUUGGUGCCAAUUCUGUCGCUGAUAAUUGUUUCAAUCCUUCACAAGAAGUUGAACUUUCUAAGUGCUUUGAAUUUCCUCAAGAAAAGAUCAAUGAACCAUGCCAUUUGGCUCUAAUUUGUUAUAGGACUUCAAUCUACUUGAUUGGCAGAUACAUUAAGUAUUCAAGAAAUGUGAGUCAAACACGCUGGGUAAUCGGUGAUGAGAGAAUGGGAGAGGCAUCUGUCGAGGAGAUUCUAGGCAACAAUAUUCUUCCCCUCUGUCGGGGUGAUAGUUAUAAGUUCCAUGCUGCUGGUAGAGAGGAUCUUGAUGUUCGGAUGUUGGGUUCAGGUAGACCUUUCCUGGUUGAGAUACAGAAUGCCCGUCUUCUCCCAUCUGAGAUGAUUAUAAAUGAAAUUGAGUCGAAGAUAAAUGGCUCAAAAAAUAAAUUGAUUGGCGUAAGAAAUCUGAAAGUUGUAGGCAGCGAGGGUUGGGCCUUCGUGCAAGAAGGAGAAGCAGAGAAGCAGAAGCAAUAUGCUGCACUUGUGUGGACGUCUCGCCCACUUGAGGAUGAUGAUUUGUUGUCAAUAUCAUCACUCAAAGACCUGAAAAUUUUGCAGAGAACUCCAAUAAGAGUGCUUCAUCGCCGUAGUCCAUUAGAACGUGAAAAGAUCAUCCACUGGAUGAGGAUUGAGAAGGUAGCUGAAAGUUCUCAGUAUUAUCUCCUGCAUUUGUGUACCCAGGCUGGAACGUACAUUAAAGAAUUUGUCCAUGGGGAUCUUGGUCGCACGCAUCCCAGUAUAGGAUCUAUUCUUAGUUGCAGAGCAGAGAUUCUUCAACUUGACGUUACGGAUAUAAAAAUGGACGGCCAUCUCGCUGAAUAAAAAGGUUCAUUAAUGGGAGCAUGAUUCGAGAUUGUAUUCGUGUCAUCACUCGGAAUUCGGUGCUUAAGUGGUAAUUUAAUUUUUUUUAAAUAGAUUUAUUCGCUUUGAUAAUUUAAAAUAGAUUUCUUUUUAAGAAUCUAAACUUUGCCCGUUUGAUUCAGACACAUUAGGGGAAGGUCAUAGUUCUUUUUGUUUUUUAGACCAGUUGUGA